UAAUUUUGCAUAAGAGAAUUGUCUGUUUAGUAAGAAAAUCUUGAGUAAACUUAGGUGCGUUUAAAAUAAUAUUAUUUAAAGGCAUAAAUAACAUAUAAAUAAUAUUGAAUUCGUAAAGUCAACCCCCAUUUGAUAAACUAUAAAAGCAGACUUAAAUUGGUCAGUUUUUAAAUCCUUCGUAUUGAGAUAUUAGUCAUAGGAAACACAGGUAAAAUGAUCGAAAUAUUGGUAGGUCCCAAUUAUUGGAGUGCCGUUCUAAGUUUUCUUGCUCAGCAAUAUUUAACGGAUUCACAUGCGACUUGUAUUUUUUGGCAUCCAGCGUUUAAUUUUCGCUUGGAUACGGUUAAACCGCUACCAUUAUUAAUUAUGGACUCACAGAAAUGGUUAACUUAUCCUGAUGACAAAGAUGUGUAUAAUUACAAAGGAAAACGAGAUGACUUUGAGGGGAAGGGAAUCCACUACAAUAAUUGGACUAUACGAUUGACUGUGGCCAUAGAAAAGUCCCACUGUGAGACAUUUCUAGCAUUUCAAGAGCAGAUUCCCCAGUUCGCCAGAUAUUUUUAUCAUGCUAGCAUCUACUCCAUUUGGCGAUCUCUGAGAAAUCGUUUUAUAUUUGCUUACACCGAAGAACUUGUAAAAGAAAAUGAUAACUAUUUGGUUGGUUUUAUAUUCCAAGAUCAACCCAAUAUUUUAGUAGUAACCUCUAGAUUCCUAAACUCUAGCGCUUUUGACAUUAAAACAAACCGUUUUGUGGGACCGCGAAACUUUGAUUCAACGCCGGUAGCCGCAGAGCUCGACGUUCUUCAGCGGUACGAUGCUGCGAAUAAGGAGAAAAUGUAUAAUGUUGGGAUGAGGACGGCAAUGUCCGCUAAAAUGCGAAAUCUUAAAGGACGCGAGAUAGUCAUAGGCAUCUUUGACUAUAAACCUUUUAUGCUAUUAAAUUAUGAAAGACAACCGUUUUUUUACGAUCGCUUCGAGAACACAACAGAAGUCACAAUCGAUGGCACUGACAUUCGACUAAUGCUCAUAUUCUGCGAGCGAUAUAACUGCUCCAUCCAGGUGGACACAUCGGAAACAACUGACUGGGGUGAUAUCUAUCCUAAUGCAUCGGGAUACGGUCUUGUGGGAAUGGUACUUAAUAGACGAAACGACUAUGGAGUAGGUGGCAUGUAUUUAUGGUAUGAAGCAUAUCAGUAUAUGGACAUGACCCAUUUCCUGGGUCGAUCUGGCGUCACUUGCCUAGUUCCCGCUCCAAAUCGCCUAAUCAGCUGGACCCUCCUGCUGCGACCGUUUCAGACUGCCCUCUGGAUGGGGGUGAUUCUCUGUUUACUGCUCGAGAGUCUGGCUCUUUGUGUCACUCGUCGUUUAGAAUAUUCUUCCGGUUCUCAUUCCAAUUCUUGGAUUUGUAGUCUGCGUUUCGGUUUUAUCAUUACGCUGAAACUCUUCGUUAACCAAAGCACCAGCUAUGUGACUAAUUCGUAUGCUUUAAGAACGGUGUUGGCCGCCAGUUACAUGAUUGACAUAAUAGUUACGACCGUCUACAGUGGUGGACUGGCGGCCAUCCUGACUUUACCCACAUUGGAGGAGGCGGCGGACUCUCGGCAACGCCUAUUUGACCAUAAACUUAUUUGGACAGGUACUUCACAGGCCUGGAUUACCACCAUUGAUGAGCGGUCAGCAGACCCAGUUCUGCUUGGUUUAAUGGAGCAUUAUAGGGUGUACGAUGCCGCUUUAAUAUCCACCUUCUCGCACACGGAGCAAAUGGGAUUUGUUGUCGAGCGUAUGCAGUUUGGACAUUUAGGAAACACAGAGCUCAUAGCAAAUGAUGCCUUGGAGCGCCUAAAGCUAAUGGUGGAUGACAUAUACUUUGCCUUUACAGUAGCAUUUGUGCCACGGCUGUGGCCUCAUUUAAAUUCAUAUAACGACUUUAUCCUUGCUUGGCAUUCUUCUGGCCUUGACCAAUUCUGGGAGUGGAAAAUCGCCGCCGAUUACAUGAACGCACACCGUCAAAAUCGGAUUGUAGCUUCUCAGAGACCAAACCUUGAUAUAGGUCCUGUUAAGCUGGGGAUAGACAACUUUAUUGGUUUGAUCCUUCUUUGGUGUUUCGGCAUGAUCUGGAGCCUCUUAACAUUUAUUGGUGAACUAUGGAAAGGUCAGGAUCAUACCGUACUUUAAGGACUUUAUUUUCCCCAAACAUAACACAAAAUAAAAUUCUAAAAAUUUAAAA